CAAGAAGUCCACCGAAUUUGAAACCGAAAACAUUAGCUUAGCUCAAUGCUAGCUUAGCGGAUCAGUCAUUAACCUGCUGUGUCUGUCAAAACCAUCCAUUUAACACAAUAAUCCACAAAAACAUGGGGAAGUUAGUUGCUUUUAUACCCGUUUUAGCACUUCUGUGUGCUUCCUGGCAAAGUGCAGAAGGAAACAAAGGCUAUUCAUACGCAGAUUGUACCUAUGUGAAAGGAGACAGUGCCCACGAGCAUUCUGGGAGUCGGUGCUUCUGUUACAGCCCUGGUACAGUAAUCAAAUGGAAGGACAUCUGGUCCACCUUCAAGGUAAACGUGACGAGUGAUAAUGACGUCUUUGUCGUGUUCCCGAUGGAGACGGGAAAUUGCCACCUUCCGGAUGAUGUUCUGACUGUUAUUAACUGCUUUGUUGAACACUACUGGCCGUCCACUAUCCAAAGGGAGAAGUCUUUGGACAUUCCUCUGGUUGAUAAAGAUGUCUGCUUCAUGACCAAGUCACCUAGAAGCAAUACUGAGUAUACACUACACGUCUCCAACAAAAGGUUAAAUAGAAUGUGCUUCCUGCUUUUUGUGUGUGGGCUGGUGCUGUUUUUCGGAGCGGGAAACAUAUGCAGGAGCCCACUGUUCUUCUACACCACUGGAGUUAUACUAGGAGUCAUCGCCACAUUUGUUUUCCUGACGCUUGUGCUCCGAAACUUCGUACCAAAGCGAGGCCUGUUCCUGGUGUUGUUGGGCGCUGGCUCUGGUCUGUCCUACAUGGGGAUCCAGAGGGUGUUAAGUGAAUGGGAUGACAUCAUGACUGAGCACUGGAUGGAAUUACUGGUUUAUGUGCUAAUAUCUGGCUUAUUUAGCUUUGCUGUAUGCUAUAAACAUGGCCCCAUCACCAACAAACACACCCUCAACUUUAUGACCUGGUGUAUGCAAGUAGUGGGCAUGGUUUUGGUGUACUAUGGGAUCACAUUCCCCCCUGCCUGCUACGUACUGAUCAUGUUCCUGUUGUGCUGGAAGAUUGUGCCCUUGGCCUGGAGCCUUCUGCACUUGAUCUGGAGUCUUCUAAUGUGGAUUUGCAGUCUCUUUUACUCAUUCCUGGGCUUGUUCUGGAGGAAGAAACGGCCCAAGGUCAGGCUACUGACUGAGGAGGAAUACAGAGAGCAGGGAGAGAUCCACACCAGAGCCUCUUUGGAUGAAUUACGGGAGCACUGUAACAGGCCUGGCUUUCCUGCAUGGGACACUGUGUUGAGGCUGCGAUCACCACAUAGGUAUGCAGAGUUUCUGCGCAGUGGCAGCCACAUCACCCAAGAGGAGCUUCAGAAUCAUGAGAAUCAGUACGGGCUUGGCGGGGCGUACUACGAAAACGUGCUCUUUAACAGCAGCUCCAGCGACACCCAGUCGCACAGAGGAGAAGCAGAGGACACUAGUGAAGACGAGCUGGAGAGAAACAGUCCUCCAACCCACAAUAACGUCCCCAGUCCUGAUGUAUAUACUCCAGCCGUCUGCCCAUAUCCCCCUGUCACCUACACCCCUCAGCCAGAACCCAUGGAUCCAGAAGACCAGGAUUUCUUUUAAAAUUGUCCUUCUGUCUGUAGGAUGAGUGAUUUUAUGUUCAUUUUAAAGAGACUUUUUUAAUUGCAAAAUAUUUUUAGGAAGGAAUGACUCUAAGGAACAUUAGUAGGUCCAUAAGGAUUGUAAAUAUAAUCUUUAGCUCUCAUUUGCGUUUAAAUUAUCUCUUUCAGACGGCGUGGGCUGUUAUAUUUUUUUAGCAGGAGUUUGUAUUCUACUUACCCAAGUGAUGCAGAGCUGGGAAUAACACCGUAUUGUACAUACUGUAUGUUAAUAGAUAGUGACUGUGCUGCUCUUAGGUAUAUCAGAUCAUCAAGACAUCAUUGCAGUCGCUAAAACAUUUGCCUCAAAUGCUCAAGACAAUGACUCAACACAUACAGUACCACAGCAUUUAUGUAAUUUAAGGAAACAGUGUCCUCUAGUGUUGGUUAAUGAAACAGUUCACUUAUAAGUGCAAAUUGUGUCUGUUGUUUACUCGUCCCCAUCUUAAUCUAAACCUCUAUGUCCUCAUUGGAACAAGUAGGGGACGUUUAUCAGAAUCUACAAAUUAUCAUAUAGUGAAACUAAACGAGGACAUACGGUUCCUAAAAGCUCCAAAACUGACAUCAAAGCAUCUUAAUGGCUUGCGCGUUCUGUUCCAUGUCUUCUGACGUCAUAUGAAAGAAUAGCAGAACGUAUUAUUAUUGAAUAACAACUUAAAAUUUGAUCUAUUUAUCACACAAAGCUAUCCUAGUGGCUGUUCAAAGAAAAUUCGUUUUUACAUUCCACUAUGCUACUUUUUCAUUGUUUUUUUUUUAAUGUAAUUAUGAACUAGCUAUACAUGUUUGAACAUUGAGUUGACUUUU